AUGUUGAAUAGGAUGACUAAUUACAAGAUGUUUAAUAUGACUGAAUUUCACCACUCUACAUGGAAUGUCAUUUUUAUCACAGCAGCAGCUAUUUUAAUCAGCUACAUUACUAUAGUCACAAGACUGAGAUACCACCGCAGGGCAAAAAUUGAGGCUCCAUUUGGGCCUGGUAAGAGGAAAUUGUCUAGUAUGACCGUCAAAGAGGCACAUUCAAUUAUUACCGAAUUGCAAGAGCUUGAAUUUCCUUACGCUUUUUCCAAGGCCCGGAAAAUUGCCCUACUCAAGGUCUCGCUAAUCUGGUGUUUGCAACAACAGGCCGGAGGCAUCCCAACUAUGUCUAAGCUUUUUGCGGUCACAGGACAGAAUAAUAAAAGAAAUGCGGGGAAAAGAUCAGUCGAUACCGAGAUUCUCCUUACGCGAGUCUCAAUCUCAGCCCAGAGAUUCUGA